UUUACAAGCAUAGAUAUUGCGACAGACCAUUUCUCUGAGGAAAAUAAACUUGGCCAAGGAGGAUUUGGUCCUGUCUACAAGGGUAAGCUGGUUAAUGGGCUAGAGAUUGCAGUUAAAAGACUGAAUAGAAUGUCAGGACAUGGAAUUGAACAAUUCAAGAAUGAAGUCAAAGUGAUCUCAAAGCUGCAGCAUCGGAACCUUGUUAAACUUUUGGGCUAUUGCAUUGAAAAAGAAGAGCGUUUAUUAAUAUACGAGUACUUGCCGAACAACAGUCUAGAUUCGGUACUUUUUGAUGCAGCAAAGCGGGAUGUAUUGGAUUGGAAAAGAAGGUUGAAAAUCAUUGAAGGGGUAGCUCAAGGGCUUUUGUAUCUCCACAAGUAUUCUAGAUUAAAAAUCAUCCAUAGAGAUCUGAAAACGAGCAAUGUUUUAUUGGAUGCGGACCUGAAUCCCAAAAUUUCGGAUUUUGGAACUGCCAGAAUUUUUGGAGAGAAUGAAAUGCGCGGAAGCACAAAGAACAUUGUAGGAACAUAUGGGUAUAUGUCUCCUGAAUAUGCCAUGGAUGGGAUUUUCUCUGAGAAGUCUGAUGUAUUUAGCUUUGGAGUCAUGAUUCUUGAGAUCAUAAGUGGAAAGAAGAACACUUCCUUCUAUGAUUCGGAUCGUCACCUAAACUUAAUAGGACAUGUGUGGGAUUUGUGGACAGAAGGAGGAAUUUUAGAAAUCACAGAUUCUUGUUUGGAUGAAAAGAUUUCAAUAAGUGAAGCACUACAAUAUGUUCAUGUUGGUUUGUUAUGUGUGCAAGAAAAUGCAGCAGAUAGGCCAACAAUGUCAGAUGUGGUAUCUAUGCUCCUCAAGGAAUCAAUGGUUCUUGCCACUCCUAAGCGACCAGCUUUUGCUGAAAUUAUGAAUCUUAACAAUACCAAGUUACCUCAAAAUCCAGAAUCUUCUUCUGUGAACGCGGUCACAAUUUCAGAUGUACAAGGCCGAUCCAAAAGUUAUACUUCAGCUCCUAGUUCUUUAUCUGAAUAUAUGAAUGGGAGUAUUGGGAUAGCAAGAAUGAUCAGUUCAUCAAACAGGAAUUUGGUAACAUUUUCUUGUAUAAUCGCUUACUUUGUUGCCAAAAAAUAUUCUGUCUCUGGGGCUAAAGAUACGCUAGGAGUUAGUGAAUCUUUGAAAUUGCACAAUGGAGAGAUCUUGGAGUCCUCUAAUAAGCGUUAUCGGUUCUUGAGCGACCAUUCUUCUUCAUUCUUGGUAAUUCAGUUCGUGUAUCUGAAUCAUUCAAUCAAUGUCUGGGCUGCCAAAACUUAUCUGGCUGCACCAGCUAGGCCUCGAAUUUCAGCCAUAACCAUGAAUGAAAGCGGAAGGCUAGAGGUUUAUGGCCACGGAAAUUCAGAUGCUGCAGUAUUCACUGUGAAUGCUGAACAGAAAGUUAUGAUCGGUAAGACUAGUGCAACUCUGCUUGAUAACGGGAACUUAGUUCUGAGAUCAAGAUCUGGGCAUACUGUUUGGCAAAGCUUUGAUUAUCCUGCUGAUGAUACAUGGCUAUCAUCUGGAAUGAAACUUGGGAUUUCUCUGUUGAGCCAGAGAAGUACAACCUGCUGCCUGCAGCGUGCUGCUUCUGGCCCUUCACUUGCUCCUUCCCCUGGUUCUCCUUCAUUUCCUGUUGGCCCUUCACUUGCUCCCGCUCCUGGCUCUCCUUCAUUUCCUGUUGGCCCUUCACGGGCUCCUGCCCCUGCUUCUCCUUCAUUACCUGCCGGCCCUCCCAGUGGAAGAAAGAAAUCGAAGAAUUUAAGGGUGAAGUUAUCGGUUGGUGGUGCUGCCGUAGCGACUUUCCUAGCAUCUCUUGUAUUAGUUUUCUGGUGUUGCAAAUUGCGAAAGAGAAAAGGUAACCUUCGAAAAUUCAUGGGACCAGGAAUGCCAGAUCUUGAUGACAAAGGAGAUGAUGAAUCACUGUUCUUCAGUUUUACAAGCAUAGAAAUUGCCACAGAUCAUUUUUCCGAGGAAAACAAACUUGGUCAAGGAGGAUUUGGUCCUGUCUACAAGGGUAAACUGGUCAACGGGCUAGAGGUUGCAGUUAAAAGAUUGAAUAGAAUGUCAGGACAUGGAAUUGAACAAUUCAAGAAUGAAGUCAAAGUGAUCUCAAAGCUGCAACAUCGAAACCUUGUUAGACUUUUGGGCUCCUGCAUUGAGAAAGAAGAGCGUUUAUUGGUAUACGAGUACUUGCCGAAUAACAGUCUGGAUUCAGUACUUUUUGAUGCAGCAAAGCGGAAUAUAUUGGAUUGGAAAAGAAGGUUGAAAAUCAUUGAAGGAGUAGCUCAGGGGCUUUUGUACCUCCACAAGUAUUCUAGAUUAAAGAUCAUCCACAGAGAUCUGAAAACGAGCAAUGUUUUAUUGGACGCGGACCUGAAUCCCAAAAUUUCAGAUUUUGGAACCGCCAGAAUUUUUGGAGAGAAUGAGAUGCGCGGAAGUACAUUGAACAUUGUUGGGACAUAUGGUUAUAUGUCUCCUGAAUACGCCAUGGACGGGGUUUACUCUGAGAAGUCUGAUGUAUUUAGCUUCGGAGUCAUGAUUCUUGAGAUCAUAAGUGGAAAGAAGAACACUUCCUUCUAUGAUUCGGAUCGUCACCUAAACUUAAUAGGACAUGUCUGGGAUCUAUGGACAGAAGGAAGAAGUUCAGAAAUCACAGAUUCUUGUUUGGAUGAAACGAUCUCAACAAGGGAAGCACUAAAAUAUGUUCACGUUGGUUUAUUGUGUGUGCAAGAAAAAGCAGCAGAUAGACCAACAAUGUCAGAUGUGGUAUCCAUGCUCCUCAAGGAAUCAAUGGUCCUUGCCGCUCCUAAGCGACCUGCUUUUGCUGAAAUUAUGACUCUUAACAAUACCAAGUUACCUCAAAAUCCAGAAUCUUGUUCUUUGAACGAGGUCACAAUUUCAGAUGUGCAGGGUAGAUGAUUAUUUCUUGGCCAGGCGUAUAUUUUCUUGCUUUGUUGCACCAAGUUUGGAGUUUGGACAAAUUUUAGUCUUUAAGAUGGGAGUAGGCAGGAGAAAGGGCGGCACACCCGUUACUGGCUGACGGGUCUUGCAAGUUGUAAGUGGUAAUUGCAGGUAGAGGGGUGGGAAGCCGGCCAUAUCCUCAAGUAAGGGGUGGCCACUGCAGAUAAUCAGGUCUCAAUUCUUUUGUGGCUUCGUUUUGGAUUUGAAUUUGUUGACUAAUUAUUCAAGUAAUCAAACAUUAUUUUAUUGAUCAGGAGAUGCCAAAGGAGCAUACGUAGGUGAAGGGGUUGAAUUUAGUUCUGCAAGUUAGGUUGUUAGCUACUUGUUAGAAUUCUUCUAUAUUUUUGGUCUUUUGACUAGUUUAACUAUCUUUGAUUUUCUAGUAUCUUGUUAAAAUUAUUUAGGAAAUAAUUUUGUAUCUUUACAGAAGGGGAGAUGAUGAAUGAAAAAUGAUGAACUAUUUUUUUGCAGCA